UCUGGCUGCCCCCGCCGGGAAGACGCGGUCUGGCAGCACCGAGCGCUGAGUUCUGCACCUAACCGAGCUCAGAGAGUUCAAGAAAGGUUUGGAGGCUAGAAAUUUGGACAGGACAUGGCGACAAUGACUUGUUUCCAUUCCACAAUGUCUGUGGUCUCAGCUGACUCCAGUUGUCCAAGGACUAUCUGAGAAAGUUCAAGGGAUUGGUGAGAAGCCCUAGAAACGCUGGAAUCCAGUUACUUGCCAGCAGGAGACGUGCUGUAUAAUUAAGCUGUCAUUUCCCUGGAAGUCUUCUGGAUGGAUGGCUGUUGGAAACCCAUUGCCGUAGCCAGCUCUUCUUCCGUACUCAAGGAGUUACCCUGGCAUUGAGUAAUGAGAAUUUCGAAAACGUAUUUGAGAAGUACUUCCAUCCAAUGCUACUUGUGUUUACUUUUACAUUGUCAUUUUUUAACCGAGGCUGGCAUUCAUGUCUUCAUUUUGGGCUCUAUCAGUGCAGGUCUUCCUAAAACAGAGGCGAAAUGGGAGUUUGUAAUAAAGGAUUUGGAAAAAAUUGACAAUAUUAUUCAAUCUAUACAUAUUGAUACCACUUUAUAUACUGAAAGUGAUGCUCAUCCCGGCUGCAAAGUCACAGCGAUGAACUGCUUUCUCCUGGAGUUACGUGUUGUUUUGCUUGAGUUCAGUCAUGCUGACCUUCUUAAUGAAACAAUACAUAACAUUAUCAUCCAAGCAAACAGUAAUUUAUCUUCUAAUGCGAACAUAACUGAAACGGGAUGCAAAGAAUGUGAGGAACUGGAGGAGAAAAAUAUUAAAGAAUUUUUUCAGAGUUUUUUACAUAUUGUACAAAUGUUCCAUAAUUCUUGAUUGUAACAGAUCCUCUUCAGCAUUUCUGCUAUUAACAAACAUCUUCCCACGAUGUAAAGCAGUGAAACCCUCUGCAGUUCACAUGGGCUGCCCAAACCAGUUUUUCUAACAAGAGGAUGAUCCGGAAUCUUGAAUUGGAUGAACUCUUGGAAAUGAAGGCAGAAAAAUGGCAUUGAAUUACGUGGUGUCUAUGAACUGUCCUCAUACUUAUUUUGUUCACUUAAUUUAUUAUUGAAGUUGUACAUAUUUGUGGCAUAAUAUAUAGUAUUGAAUAAAACUGUGUACCUACUUUAUCCUUUGAAAUUGCACUGAUAUUUACCCCUUGUAAGGACAUAGGGGACAUUCCUUCAAGGGCAAGAGUGGAAUUACACAGCUGGUGGGCCUGAGCACCACUGGGGAAGGUCAGCUGUGUACUCCAGCCAGUUAGGAACCCCUAACCACAAGCCUUCACUCACCUCUCCAGUGGGUGUCCCAGAAGGAGGAAGAAUUGACUCCCAAUGAGGAAGGAGAAAUAGGUGUGGAACGGGUGCUUUACUCUGCAACAUAGUUAUUGAUAUCAGAAGCACCUGUUACUAAAGACAGUGCACGAACCUGGUAUGUAUGAUGCAUCAGUAAAUCUUGGGUGGGAAUGGCAAUAAUAAACCUUCGCUGGUAGGUAGAAUCGUGUAUAGAGAACUCAUGGUUGUAAUGAUGUUAAUAUUUCAUGCGUUCCUGAGUGUGUUUUAUUUUCACUUUUUUUUUGCCAUGUUUGUAUAAUAAAAAAACAAAAAAACAAACUGUUGAUUUGUUAGAGCCAACAUUAUCUGACAUAAAAUAAUUGUUUAUAUAUUUUUGCACUAUACUGUCUGAAAUUUACAACUUUUUUAAAAUAAAACUAUGACUAAAAUGAAAUA